AUGAUACCAACGUUGAAAAGAUCGAUACAAAGACGUUUGAUAACGUCACCGAGUCUAUUGAAGAGUAGCAGCUGUUACAUUAGAGGAUUCUCGUCCUCUAGCUUUUGUCGUCUAAGUGCACACGAGGAAGAUCUUGUUGAUUUGAAUAAACUACCAAGAAAUGAAGAGCCAUGGAUUUAUUCGCCAGUAAGAAACCCAGCUGAGAAAUAUAAAGUACAGAUUGAAGAGUUGCACAAAUUCGGCACUUAUAUAAUGGCAUGUUUACCUAAAUAUAUCCAGCAAUUUUCAGUUUGGAAAGACGAAUUGACCUUGUAUGUCGCACCCAAUGCACUUAGACCUGUUAUGUUGUUUUUGAAGAACCAUACUUCAGCACAGUUCAAGUCUUGUAUGGAUGUUACUGCUGCAGACUAUCCUUCAAGAACAAACAGAUUUGACGUGGUUUAUAAUUUGUUGUCUGUGAGACACAAUUCGAGAAUAAGAGUCAAGACAUAUGCUAGUGAGACGAGUCCCGUACCAUCGGUGACUCCAAUUUACAAUGGAGCUAAUUGGUACGAAAGGGAGACUUAUGACUUGUUUGGGGUAUUUUUCACUAAUCAUCCCGAUUUAAGAAGAAUUAUGACUGAUUAUGGAUUUGAAGGACACCCAUUGAGGAAAGAUUUCCCUACUACUGGGUAUACCGAAGUUAGAUACGAUGAAGAAAAGAAGAGGAUUGUUUAUGAGCCAUUGGAGUUGACCCAAGCUUGGAGAAAUUUCACUGUGGGGUCGUCUGUUUGGGAACCUGUUGGUGAAGGUAAGGAUUUCACUCCUGAAAACUUUAAGUUACCUAAGCCAGAGCCAGAACCAGAAAACAAGGAGGAAAAGAAAUAG